UCUCGUUCUCGUGGUCUCAAAGCACAAUCGGCCUACCGCCUCGGUUAGUUAUUGUGCGUUCUUGCGAAACAAGUUCUCACUACCUAAACUACCUGCUAUCGUGAACCCGUUCCGUGUGUUCCUAAAAUUUCCGCUUGUUUUUUUGAAGUUCAGGCCGCUGUGAUGCAGAUGCAGUUGUAGCAGUAAAAGUAGAAUCGCCAAUGCCGGUCUACCCGUACCCGUUUCGCCAUCUGGAGCAGCAGAGCAAGCAGUUUGAGGACGAGGAGGGUUUCGUGGAGACGGUUUUGUGGUUGCUGUUUGUCAUUUUUGUCGGCUUAAGCACCACGAUGUUUGUGCGCUGGGCGUACCAGGACGGUGCCGUUCGGCGGCAUGAGCGGUUUCUGCUUUUGCAAGAGGAGGUCCUCAAGGUAGCGCGCGAGCGAGGAAUAAGCACGGAUGACCUGUUUGUACCAGGAGUUGACGGCGAGUUUCGACAGCCGCCACACAAUAAUGCAGCAGCAACUCAGGAGGGCCAGCUACCAACUGGAAGAGCAGACGCAGCGGCCACGGCAGUUGGCGGACUCGGUCUAGCAGGAAAUCGAGGGGGUCCUUGGAAUGAGUCAGAUGAAAGAAGAGCUGCCACCAGCACGACUACCAGAUCUUCGAAAACGCAUCAAACCCCGACAGGUAUAAGCGGAGAUGACAUCGAUAUUUCAUGACGCCUUUCUGCCCAGAGAAGGAAUUACUUACUUUGGCGCCGAGUUGGUACCCAGCGAAGAGGCAUCCCGAUGAUGAUGAGUAUGGAAACGUCUGCCCUCUACUUUGUUGGCUGAGACACAUAAUCAUGAAGAACGACAACGACAAGAACAGCGUGAUCGAUGAUCACCUGGGCUUGUUUUACGUCAGAGCCGUAGUGUAAUGGACGCUCCUCAACUUUGUAGUGUUUCUGUUUGUCCUGUCGUGCCAGGAAGGACCACAGCACCGGUUGCGGCUCCUUCCUCACUUCGCCUCAU